AUGGCAUCACCGACGACAAGAGUGACGUUUCGGCUAGUGGUGGCGAUUCUAGCAAUCCUCGUCCUCUUUUACGUCGGUCGUCCACUGUACUGGAAAAUCUCCGCUACUGUUCAAGAGAUCCGCGAGAACAAACGCACCGUCAAACAAGGUAUUUCUCAGAUUGUUUACGAAGCGCAGAAAUCGGUUGGCUGGUUUCAUGACGAGUCUGACUCUGGAGUUCGCGACAGUCGGAGAUUGAGGUUGCUCUUUUAA